UAGGGCAGCCUUGCUGUGUGCUGUGUGACGUGGCACGGGGGGCGGAAGAGCUUGUUUGUGUUUUGGUUCUAGGGGAAGUUGCGAGAAGAAAGAAAGGAGGAGACUGACGGGAUUGUUGAAAUUAUUUUUUGGUUCCCCAACACCACCCCACCACAGUGUCCCGGGCUCCGUGUGUAAAUACUACAGCAGUGGUAUUUGAAGUUCAAAACCUCGUCUGGCUCUCAGCAGAAGUCCUGAUAGUGAGGUUUGGCACACAGGGCACCGGGGGAUCUGACUAGGUCAUGGCCAAUCGAGGAGGAGCUACGAGACCCAAUGGACCCAAUGCAGGGAACAAGAUCUGUCAGUUUAAGCUGGUGCUGUUGGGGGAGUCAGCGGUUGGGAAGUCCAGCUUAGUGCUCCGCUUCGUCAAGGGUCAGUUCCAUGAAUUCCAGGAGAGCACGAUAGGAGCUGCAUUUCUCACCCAGACAGUGUGUCUAGAUGACACAACAGUAAAGUUUGAAAUCUGGGACACCGCAGGUCAGGAACGUUACCACAGUUUGGCACCCAUGUAUUACAGAGGAGCACAGGCCGCCAUCGUGGUCUAUGACAUCACAAACGAGGAGUCCUUUGCAAGGGCAAAGAACUGGGUGAAGGAGCUGCAAAGACAAGCUAGCCCUAAUAUAGUCAUUGCUUUGUCAGGCAACAAGGCUGACCUAGCCAGCAAGAGAGCUGUCGACUUCCAGGACGCCCAGUCCUACGCAGAUGACAACAGCUUACUUUUUAUGGAGACGUCAGCCAAGACAUCUAUGAAUGUGAAUGAGAUAUUUAUGGCUAUUGCAAAGAGAUUGCCGAAGAGUGAGCCCCAGGCUGCAGGAGCCAAUAGUGGGCGGAACCGGGGAGUGGACCUGACAGAAGCUGCCCAGCCAGCCAAGGCUUCAUGCUGCAGUAACUAACGUGAAGAACGCCUUCCCACCAACCAACCAACCUGUAGAGCAGUAACUAAUGCGGCCGAUGCCCUGAAUGCCACCGCAGUUACUAAUGCAAUAUGUUGUACUCUUAUCUCCAAUUCUCUGAUCUGCAUACAAGAAAAGACGCCCUGUGCCCCCCCCU